AUGAAAUAUUUAAAUUUACUUCUUAUAAUAUUAUUUGUUUUUGGUGUAAAUGCCAACUCAUCGUCAUAUAAUAUUAAUGUCGAUAUUUUAGCAUUCUCAACCCUAAAAUACUAUAAUAUUAAUAAAUAUACUUUAUUAAAUUCUAACCAAGGUGUUGUCGAUAAUUCAAAUAUUGAUUCCCUAUUUGGACUUUUAGAAGAUGUUUUAUCUUUCGAUUCAACAAAUACCACUCUUCUUUUAACUUUUAGUCCUUCUAUUGGUUUGUAUUAUUUAUAUUCAAACAAUGGUGAUGAAAACUUUAAAAUCAUUUCACAAGUUGCAAUUAAUCAAUCAAUCUUUCCAUUUUUCUAUGAAGAUCAAAGAUACAUUUUUUGUGAUAGUUUAAAAACUGCCUAUUUACCAAUUUCAUUAGGUUCAUACGAUGUUGAUGUUUUAUCACUUAACUUUGGAACAGGUGAAAUGGGUACUAUCCGAUUACCUGCUACUGAUUCUGCCCAAAGCCCACAAUCUAAACAAGCAAUCGAUUCAGAAAACGAGAUUUUAUACAUCAGUUACAUAACCAAUCAAAACCAAACUAAAAUUGCCUCUAUUGACCUCCAAACCCAAAACACCAAAAACAUUUAUCCAAUAUCAAACAUUCCCCAAGGUAAUAUUAAAUUAAUGUUUACCAAUCAAAAAGGUGACUUAUUUGUUAUCAAACCAACUAACAACUCAAAUACCACUGUCACAAUUUGCAAAGUCGAUUUUGGUAACUCUAAUAACUGCACUGACAUCUACACCAUCUCAUUGGGCUACUACUUUGGCUACAACUACCAACCAUAUGUUGUAAACAACGAUAAAUCUGAAUUAAUGUUCAUUCAAAUCGCUGAAGGAACAACCACAGGAACCACAACUUUUAAUUUAAUAUUUUUAGAUAUUAACAACAGCUUCACACCAAAGAAUAAAUUAAAAAUGAAGUUUUUAAGUUUAUUUGUUUUGGUAUUAUUAUCUUUUAGUUGUAUUAACUCAACACCAAUAGAUGGCGAUGGCAGUAUCAACAUUUACUCGCUUUCACGAUUCCCAAACUUUGUUGAACAAUCAAUUUUAUUAAAUACAUUAAGUGGUGUAAAAACUAAUCAUUCCAUACACAAUUUAAGUGGCUCUUUUGAAGAUGUUUUAUAUUAUGACCGUUAUAACGAUACUUUUAUUUUAACACGUAGUGAUUCUACAGGUUAUUAUUAUUUAUAUACAAAUAAUUAUAACGAAAACUAUCAAAUGAUUUCACAAGUUGAAAUGGACAAAUCUUUAUAUCCAUUCUCCUAUUUAAAUCAAAGAUUUACCUUCAGUUCAGAUUCAAAAUCAGUCUUUUUACCAAUUACAACCAUUACAUCAAAAGUUAAUGUAUUAGAAAUUAAUUUUGGUACUGGUCAAAUGCUAAAAGUCAAUUUAGGUGUUACCGACUCUGCCCAAAAUCCACAAGCCAGACAAGCAAUAGAUGAUUAUAGACAAAUUUUAUAUGUUAGUUAUGUAACCAAUCAAAACACAACCACCGUUAUCUCUCUUGACCUCACUACAUACAAAACAGUUACCUAUCCACUCUUAAACAUUGACCAAGGUCUUGUUAAUUAUAUGUUUACAAGUCAAAAUGGUAACUUGUAUGUUAUCAAACCUACCCCAGGUUCAAAAACUAAUGUUACUGUUUGUAAAGUUGAUCUUGGUAUUACCAAUAACUGCAAAGACAUCUACACCAUCUCAUUAGGAAACUACUUACAAUAUAAUUACCAACCAUAUAUUGUUAACAGUGAUUUCGAUGAAUUAAUGUUCAUCCAAGUCGUCGAAGGUACAACCCCAAAAACAACAUCCUUCCAAUUAACCGUUAUUGAUAUUAUUAACAAUUUUACACCAAAAAAUAUUGAUUUCACAAUUGAUAACGAUUGGUAUUUAUCAUCCCAAAUUACCCAAAAUUUCUUUAACUUUUAA